UAUUUUACGCUCGCCUUUUCUGUUUUUUUUUAUUUGGAUUUGGAUAGGAUUUACGUUGGCUUCGUUGGGAGGCUCGCGUAGUCAGUAGAUUCUCAGUACGUCUGAAGUGAGAGAAAGCAUCGGACGACGAUUUGGGAGCAAUGGAGGGUCUGAUAAAGGGCUUGAUCGACGUGGCACUGGGUCACGACGACAACCAACAAAGGAACCCCCCCGAGUCUCGUGAAGACCAGUCCAGAUCUACUUGGGCGCAGGUGGUGACCGGGGAGCAGGAUAACGACGAACCGAGUAGUGACCGGAGGCAUGGUUACGAUCGAAGUCAGUGGAACACAGAGGGACAGAAUUAUGGAAGGACUGAGGAGUGGGAGUCUAGUGGAUCGCAGACCUCAGCUCGACCCCAUAAGGCUGUCCACGAGGGAUAUGGAAGGAAUGAGGAUGUUGGACAAAAUCAUUCAGACCAAGAUCAUUGGAACAGAAAGGAUGAAGAGGAGAAAAAUGAUGAGUGGCAAACUGUCUGCAAAAAGCCUCCAAAACAACCCCACAAGGUGCAAAUGAAUAACUGGAAUGAAUAUAAACGCCCCUCCAGUGAGCAAGACUACUCUGAGGAUGUUGACUAUGGUGCCAGCAUGGAGCCCUCUGAGGAAGAGCUUUCUGACCUGUCAAGAGCUUGCAACAAGCUUUGGGAACUUGAUGUAAACCGUUUAGUACCCGGGAAGGAUUAUGAGAUUGACUGUGGUGAAGGGAAGAAAGUUUACCAAAAGGAAGAUAUGGCACAAGGAAGCCUGUUCUCUUGGUUAAGUGAAGACAUAUUCAGGAAGCCUACUUUUUCCCGUUUCUGUUCUCUUCUAGAUAAUUACAAUCCACAAGAAGGGUAUAAAGAAGUAGUCACAUCUCAAGAGUUGCAAGAGCAAGCAGCAUUUGUUGAAGAAAUUAGUAGAACUGCACCUAUCAAAUAUCUUCACAAGUAUCUGUCAUCCAAAGGCAUUGUGUCUGAGAACUAUCAAAAUUUCAAAAGAAUGAUGACUACUCUCUGGUUUGAGCUUUACGGCCGUGGUGGUACAUCUAGUUGUUCUUCUGCUUUUGAACAUGUUUUCGUUGGGGAGAUCAAGAACCGCGGGGAGCAAGAAGUUUCAGGCUUCCAUAACUGGAUUCAGUUCUAUUUGGAAGAAGCAAAAGGGAGGGUUGACUAUCAAGGUUAUAUUUUCCCCAGAAGACGUGGGCAAGUUCCUGACUCCGAGACUCAGUUGCUAACAGUUCAGUUUGAAUGGAACGGUGUACUCAAAUCUGUCUCCAGCACUUUGAUCGGAGUGAGCCCAGAGUUUGAGAUUGCCCUCUAUACCUUGUGUUUCUAUAUGGGCGGUGAAGACAAUCAAGUCGAACUGGGUCCAUACCCUGUUAUUAUCAAGUGCUAUCGUUUAGGGAACAAAAUCGGGUCUGCAUUCCCCAUCGCAGAAAGCUGAUGCAAACUGAACUGAAACUCAUAGUUUUCGUUUACCUAAGUUGUCUCAUGGCUCCAAAAUAGACUGAUGUAUAUGUUGCAGGCUGAGAAUGUGUGACAACAGUUUGUGAUUCCAGUCAGUCUAUCAAGAUUUGUACUUAACCAGCUUUCUUAUAAAAUGCAGAACCUUUCUGUUAAA